CAGCAAGCGAUUCUUGUGUCGUGCCGCCGUGCGUAAGUCUGCCUGUCUGUAACCUCAAGAAGGAUUGUUGAAAUUAAUUCUCUUUCUCGUGAAGUACAGAUUUUCAUCAAAGAAUUUUAAGAUGUUUCGUCUACCAACUGUGCUAAGGACUGUUGCGUCGCGUCAAUUGUGUCCAUCCAUCACAAGAUGUUAUGCCAAAGAUGUGAGGUUUGGAGCAGAAGUUAGAGGACUUAUGCUGCAAGGAGUUGAUAUACUCGCAGAUGCUGUAGCAGUUACAAUGGGUCCCAAGGGUAGGAAUGUAAUUUUAGAACAAUCAUGGGGAAGUCCAAAAAUUACCAAAGAUGGAGUUACGGUCGCCAAGGGAGUUGAAUUAAAAGAUAAGUUCCAAAACAUCGGUGCCAAACUGGUUCAAGAUGUUGCAAACAAUACUAAUGAAGAGGCAGGAGAUGGUACCACCACAGCGACAGUUCUAGCGCGGGCGAUCGCCAAAGAAGGGUUUGACAAGAUCAGCAAAGGUGCAAACCCUAUUGAAAUCAGAAAAGGCGUUAUGCUGGCUGUUGAAACUGUGGUGGCAAAACUAAAGGAACUGUCCAAGCCAGUGACUACUCCCGAGGAGAUCGCCCAAGUAGCUACCAUCUCAGCCAAUGGGGACAGGGAAGUGGGUCAACUCAUCUCUGAUGCCAUGAAGAAGGUGGGCCGAGAUGGAGUCAUCACUGUCAAAGAUGGCAAGACUCUCAGUGAUGAGUUGGAGGUCAUAGAAGGAAUGAAAUUCGACAGAGGCUACAUCUCACCUUAUUUCAUAAACACCGCUAAAGGGGCCAAAGUAGAGUUUAAGGACUGCCUUUUACUUCUGAGUGAAAAGAAGAUCUCCAGUGUACAGACCAUCAUCCCUGCUCUAGAGUUGGCCAACGCACAACGCAAACCUCUGGUUAUCGUGGCGGAAGAUGUGGACGGAGAAGCUCUGAGCACUCUGGUUGUCAACAGACUGAAAAUUGGUCUCCAAGUUGCCGCUGUGAAGGCCCCUGGCUUUGGUGACAACCGCAAGGCUACACUGAACGACAUGGCCAUCGCCACCGGAGGUAUUGUGUUCGGAGACGAGGCAGCCAAUAUCAAGCUGGAGGAUGUUCAGGCGUCAGACCUGGGAGAGGUUGCUGAAGUUCUCAUCACAAAGGAUGAUACUCUGCUGUUAAAGGGCAAAGGUAAGAAGGAAGAUGUCGACAGAAGAGCGGAUCAAAUCAGAGACCAGAUUAGCGAAACAACUUCAGAUUACGAAAAAGAAAAACUGCAGGAGAGGCUGGCCAGACUGGCUUCUGGAGUAGCUGUCCUCAAGAUUGGAGGCUCCAGUGAGGUAGAGGUGAAUGAGAAGAAGGACAGAGUCAACGACGCACUGAACGCAACACGAGCUGCUGUUGAAGAGGGGAUCGUACCCGGUGGCGGCACUGCCCUGCUACGCUGUAUGCCAGUCCUGGACUCCCUUAAAACUACCAACCCUGACCAGCAGACCGGCGUAGAAAUAGUAAAGAAAGCUCUAAGAAUGCCCUGCAUGACGAUAGCAAAGAACGCUGGAGUAGACGCUUCCGUAGUAGUCAGCAAAGUAUUAGAAUCUUCUGGAGACAUGGGCUACGAUGCUCUAAACAAUGAAUACGUACACAUGAUUGAGAAGGGUAUCAUCGACCCCACCAAGGUUGUGAGAACAGCACUGACAGACGCAGCUGGAGUUGCAUCUUUACUGACGACAGCGGAGGCCGUUGUGACAGAAAUCCCCAAAGAAGAACCCGCAGUUCCAGGAGGCAUGGGUGGUAUGGGCGGCAUGGGUGGCAUGGGAGGAAUGGGCGGCAUGAUGUAAUAGACCCACUGUGUAUAGUGAACAUGCCAGCACAAAACCUGCUUUGGACCAAGUGACUUACAAAGUAUUCAAUUGUGUUUAUUCGUUUUUUAUUCUUGAGAGGAUUAUCACAUAUUUGAAUCAUUACUGAAAUUGUAUUUUGAUUAUCACCUUUCCGAUAUUUUUGUGAUAGUCUUUUUUUCAGCUUUAAGUUAAAUGAAUUUUUGGGUUGCGUUCCGCGAAUCACACAGGACUAGUACAACCAAGCAGUGCAUUGUGUUCGACUCAAGUGUAAAUGUUAGAUCAAAGUCUGAUAAGAAUAGGCAGUUAGAUUGUUACCUAAUUUUCUAUUUUUCCUUGUGUUAGAUUAUUUCCGAUGCAUUUGUAUGUUAUGUUUGAGGCGAGAAUGUUAGUGUUUAUGUAGUAUGUAAUAGUUAUAAAAUUUUUUGUAUAUGAAUUAUUGUUAAAUAAAAUCAAUAUGUUCAAUAAUGUU